GUGCCGACACUGCCUGGGACAACGGCCCGCGCCCGCUGCACGCCGCCGCGCGCGCCGCCCGCGAUCCGCGCGCCCGCCUGGCUGCGGCGCCGCCGCUCCGCGUGUUCCCGCCAUCUGCGCGGCCGGCGCCCGCCGCUGCGCUCUCUGGGCCUCCCCCGGGGUAG